UCUCUCCAUAGGAUCUGAUACGAAGAGAUAUUCUGUAUUAUAAGGGUCGCAUAGACAUGGAUAAAUAUGAAGUGGUGGAUAUAGAAGACGGGAGAGACGAUGACUUCAAUGUCAGCAUGAAGAAUGCCUUCAAACUUCAUAACAAGGAGACUGAGGAAAUGCACUUAUUCUUUGCCAAGAAACUGGAGGAGAAGUUACGGUGGCUCCGAGCUUUCAGAGAAGAAAGGAAGAUGGUAAAAGAAGAUGAAAAGAUAGGCUUUGAGAUUUCUGAAAAUCAAAAGCGGCAAGCGGCAAUGACAGUAAAGAAAGUCAGUAAGCAAAAAGGUAACCGGCAACACGCUCUGUGCCUGGUCAUGUGAGGGUGGAGCGGGCUGGGCUGAAUCCUGCUGGGUUAGGAUCCAGCGUCCUCCUUGAAUUUCCCCCUCCCCUUUCUCUCUUUUCUUUUUUAUUUUAUAAAAUACCGUUUUGUGCUUUGUAUCCUUUCUUAAUGUAUCUGUGGGCCAAAUUAAUCUCUGGUCUAACGUGGUGGAAGCCAGUGGAAUUUCACCAGAGAUGAAUUUGAUCUCGUGUCUCCAGUCUGAUGUCCAGAGCUGUCCCCGGGGGGCAGAAAUCUCUCCCCGCUGUUCAUCUCAGGCUGACGUGGGAGUGAGUGCGGAGAUGUGCAGGGGUUUUGCUAAUUCCCGAAGCCUCUUGUUAGCAAA